GUUCGUCGCCAAUGUGUUUAUUUCUGUCGUGAGAGGAGCCGGAAUCCAAAAUAGAAAAGUCUACGUCGUCUCUUCGCACACGUUGCACGCAUGUGGAAAAUUCGAGAAAUUCACAAACAAUUAAAUUAAUUAAUUAAAUUGUGCAUUUGUCAAACACGCCCGUCCGGCAUGGCGGUCGCGCAUCAAGUGGCAACCAUCUUGAUUUUAUUGUUUGGUUUGGCGAUAAGUUGUGACGUGGACGAUGUGGCUGUUUACAAAGUGUCGUUACAAAUGAUGUGGACUGAGGAGAGAUUCCCGAAGGAUUAUCCGAUCCAGCAUCGUCCUAAGGCUCAGUGGUCUCAGGUUUUCGGCCAAUCCCACAACAGCAGUUACAAACUCUACCGCGUCGGCGAAGUCGCGAGACCAGCUGUUCGCAACUUUGCGCAGUUUGCCAAAUAUGAUGAGCUGAUGAAGGAAGGUGAAGAAGAUGCUAAUGUAUAUGAUCAAUUCACAGCUCCGGCUCUCGGAGCUGGUAGCGGUGAUACAGAGAACAUGGUGUUUGUUGACGGUGGGCAUGCUAUGAUAUCAUUGGUUUCCCGCAUAAUACCCUCGCCGGACUGGUUUAUUGGGGUAGACAGCUUAGACUUGUGCGUCGACUCGUCGUGGGUAGAUCAAAUCACGCUUGAUCUCGAACCCCUAGACGCAGGCGCCGCUAGUGGACUAACAUUCACAGCACCACGGUGGGAUACAAUCCCACCAGAACCAGUGUCUAAGCACAAACCGCGACAACCCAACCAUCCAGCCGCUGGCUUCUACUACCCUGACCUGAAGGACCUGCCAGCGAUUGCGAAAGUAGAACUUACUAGGAUAAAACAGUACUCAACUAAGGAGCUGAACGAUUUAAUCAGACAAGACCUGAUCACGAAACUCCGAGAGAAGGACAUUCGUAAAGGACUACCAAAAAAGAGAAUCGUUAAAAAAGACGGUCCUAAAGAUUACAGUAGAGAAAUUACAACCAAGAACUACGUAGAUCGACUGAAGGACUUAGAAGAGGAUCCCGUAGGAACACCAGUCCCUAAUUUACCAGAAAACAGAGUUAUUGUUGUAACGUCUCCGACAACGACAACAGAGGCUGAAUUCGGCAGUGAAUUAAGAAACAUGGACGACGUGAUCCUGGCGGUGGCCAACGGACGCAAAUUGGGACUGCACAAGCACUUGCCAAGGCACUUCAGAUCUCGGCUGCAUCACGCCGUUAAUAGGAUACAACCGAACGACUGCCUCGUCUCGGAGUGGAGCGAGUGGACUCCAUGCUCAGUCACCUGCGGUUUCGGAGACAAGUUCCGAUACAGGAGCGUGUUGAAGCCAAACCAAGCGGACGGCAGGGAGUGCCCCGAGCUCUCCGAGAGGCGCCACUGCGGCAAUAUCAACUCUUGUACACAUAUUGAUUACUUCGAGUGGUAAUAAAUGUUAUUUGGACGUGUU